UCCAUGCUUAGACACAUACUCUGUCAGUCUCUCUGACACUUGACUAGUUGGAUUCCCUCUUCCACAGACUUGUUUUUUCACUUUCCUGGAAAAUCUCUCCAAGAAUAUCCCACAAAGGUUUAUUUUUUUAUUUUUUUUUUCUAUAGCUGUCUGUUAAAUGUAUCAACUUUCCUAGAAAAUAUCAGUUCUUGUUAAAUUUCAAGAUCUGUAUUAAAAUUUUCUACUUUCCCGGAAAGCUUUUUCAUUUUCUCGCUAAUUUACUUUAAUCUGAAAGAUUCAAUGUCGACAAGAGAGGUCUCGGCUAUGAUCAAACAAGGUUUUAUUUCAGACCAAACGCUCUCAUUUUCACCAUCAAGAACCACCUCAACAGUAUCAAGACUCUAUUCUCCUUCCUCUUCGCCGCCACCAUCAUCAACACAACAAUCCCAUCCGCAAUUCACCGAGUCAACUCGACACUGUCAUGCUCAACCAGCCCACCACGCAACUCUGUUCGAAAUGAUGUCCCAGGAACAGAUACAGGAGACCAACAAACCCAUCAAAUCCCAAUCAAGAAUCUUUAAACUCUUAUCAGACUUUAAAAACCCUAAAGGUUCUGGUAGCGGUUUGAGUCAUGUUGAGCUGGGACCAGGUGAUGUGAGGCUCACAGUGGUUGGUAAAGAUGGGUUUAGAGUGUGCAUAGACGUGCACAAGAGGAUUUUGGCUGAGAAGAGCAGGUUUUUUGCUGAAAAAUUGGCGAGAAAAGAUAAAGAAAACAGAGAGAUUUUGCAUACGGUGGAGAUAAGUGAGUGUGAUGACGUGGAGGUGUAUGUGGAAACUGUGGUGUUGAUGUAUUGUGAGGACUUGAAGAAGAGAUUGCUUGGUGAGGAUCUUGACAGGGUCUUGACUUUGCUUAAGGUCUCUGCUGCCGUCAUGUUUGAUGCAGGAAUUGUGUCAUGUUUGGAGCAUUUGGAAGCUGUUCCUUGGUCUGAGGAGGAUGAAGAGAAAGUCAUCUCUGUUCUCAGUGAACUUGAGCUUCAAGACGAAGCAGCUGAAGUCCUGCAGCGAGUAACAUUUGAACCAUCAACCUCUUCCCGAGCUGAUGACAUUUUCUUGAAACUGCUGAGUAGUGUUCUACAAGCCAAAGAUGAUAAGGCCCGUCGAGAGAUGAAAACUGUGAUUUCUAGGUUACUUAAAGAAGAUGCUUCUGAUUAUGACAAUAGGCUUGAUGUCUCUAAAGACACCCUUUAUAGUCUCUGCCACAGAUGUCUUAGUUCUCUGAUCCUGUGCUUAUCAGAAGCUACAGGUAUGGAUGACAGCAGAAAGGAUCGAGGGGCUUUAAUGGCAGAAAUAGCUCGAGAAGCUGAUAAUUUGCAGUGGAUUGUUGAUAUCCUAAUUGACAAGAAAAUAUGUGAUGAGUUUGUUAAAGUAUGGGCGGAUCAAAAGGAGCUUGCCAUACUACAUUCAAAGAUUCCUACCAUGUAUCGACAUGAAAUUAGCAGAAUCACUGCCCAACUAUGUAUUGCGAUUGGCAGAGGACUUAUCUUGGUGCCAAAAGACACCCGGUUUUCGUUGCUUUCCACAUGGCUGGAAGCACUAUAUGAAGAUUUUGGAUGGAUGAAAAGGGCUUCUAAAUCUGUAGAUAGGAAGUUGGUCGAGGAUGGUCUGAGCCAAACGAUUCUUACCCUGCCAUUGCUGCAACAGCAGUCUAUUUUGCUAAAUUGGUUUGACCGAUUUCUUAAUAAAGGGGCUGACUGUCCCAAUAUUCAGAAAGCAUUUGAGAUAUGGUGGAGAAGAGCUUUUAUUAGGCAAUAUUCAGCAGAGCGGGAUAGCUCCCAUUUGCAAAUAACUGUUUGCGAUUAUCCAAAAUGAACAGUAUGUCAAACAAUCUUCAGAAAGUUGAAAGCAUAUUUGUACAUAUGAAGUGACAUUCUUUUUACCCUUAAAUUUCUCUCUAGAUCUAUUUGGACUUGGGUUUUCUAUUUUCGUGUGAAGUUCAAAUCUUAUAUGCAGAGGCCUUGUAACAUGUAAGGAUGAGAGAGAGCAUCGGAGAUAACAAAUUUUGUAAGUUAUCUUUGGUUUAUCAUAUCCUUGUUUUUGUAUCAGAAACUUCACAAAAAGUAAUGCUUGAGCAUGUAUGGUGUGUGUAAACAUCUAGAGGUGAUGGCAGUCUAGAAAGAUAACAUAUAGGGGGUGUCAGUGUCAUAGCAAAUUUCAAUUCCUUUUUAUACUAUUUGAACUUGUAGAGUGCACAAGAUUGCCGAAUUGAAUUUGUAUUUGUUGAUCGGCAAA